CGCUGCCAUGGAACUGCACAUCCUGGAGCACCGGGUGCGGGUGCUGAGCCUCGCCCGGCCCGGCCUGUGGCUCUACACGCACCCGCUCAUCAAGCUGCUCUUCCUGCCCCGCCGCAGCCGGUGCAAGUUCUUCAGCCUGACCGAGACCCCCGAGGAUUACACGCUCAUGGUGGACGAGGAGGGCUUCAAAGAGCUGCCCCCAUCAGAGUUCCUGCAAGUGGCCGAGGCCACGUGGCUGGUGCUGAACGUGUCAUCCCACAGCGGUGCGGCUGUGCAGGCUGCUGGGGUCACCAAGAUCGCUCGCUCAGUCAUCGCGCCACUGGCCGAGCACCACGUGUCUGUGUUGAUGUUGUCCACGUACCAGACAGACUUCAUCCUGGUUCGUGAGCAGGACCUGUCCGUGGUCAUACACACCCUGGCCCAGGAAUUCGACAUUUACCGAGAAGUGGGCGGAGAGCCUGUACCUGUUACCAGAGAUGAUUCCAGCAAUGGUUUCCCCCGGGCACAACAUGCAGGCCCCAGCCCCACGGUGCACCCCAUCCAGAGCCCACAGAAUCGCUUCUGUGUCCUCACCCUGGACCCCGAGACACUGCCAGCCAUUGCCACCACCCUCAUUGAUGUUCUCUUCUACUCACACAGUGUCCCCAAAGAGGCAGCCACAAGCGGGCCCAGCACCAUCACGUUCUUUGCCUUUUCCCUCAUCGAGGGCUACAUCUCUAUUGUCAUGGACGCUGAGACACAGAAAAAGUUCCCCAGUGACCUCCUGCUGACCAGCUCCUCGGGCGAGCUGUGGAGGAUGGUUCGCAUCGGCGGCCAGCCCCUGGGAUUUGAUGAAUGUGGGAUCGUGGCCCAGAUUGCAGGGCCCCUGGCUGCGGCAGACAUCUCGGCCUACUACAUCAGCACCUUCAAUUUUGACCAUGCCCUGGUGCCCGAGGACGGCAUUGACAGCGUCAUCGAGGUGCUCCAGCGGCGGCAGGAGAGCCUGGGGUCCUGAGGCCAUGGCAGAGGGCAGCGCCGUGCCAUCUUCCUCACCCCUUGGCUUCUAGAGACAUCUCUAAGCUAUCUCCUCAGGCUCUGGGAUGAAAGCCCCCACUUGGGGGCUUUCCCAGUUCCCACCAGGGCAUCCCUUUUGAUCAGCUAUAUCAUAUGUAAGCUACAUGCAGGCACCAGUCCUCAUGUGGGGACACGCAUGUCUGCCCACAGAUGACACAGUGCUCAGGGCUUCCGCUUGGAGGCCCCAACCUGUCACUCCGGGGCAAGGCUGGCCUCUGCAUUUGCACAUUCCCUGCUGAGGCCCGAGCCAAACCUCCCAAACCCCCUUCUCAGUACCCAGGCCUGCUGCUCCCCGCAGGCCAUGAUGUCCGUUCUGCCUCUGGCCUGGCUUCCCUUCCCCAGUGAGUCUGAGUGCCUGCCCCCUCAGGGGACAUCCAAUGAAAGUGUUUGUACAACUCUCCUUUUUUAUUAUAAAGGGCUUAUUAUGA